AUGGAAACUUUGUGCCAUGUUUCAGGUCAGGUUAUGGCAAGGAAAAGCGUAUUAAAGUUGUAUCAUAUAAAUGAUUAUUUCAUGAGAUUCGACGACUGUCAAAAAGAAAUCAAUGAUGAAGAAGAAUUUGAAGUCGCAUUUGAUUCCUCUACCGAACAAGUCGUUUCCAAGAAGCGGAAAAAGGCCGACCUGCACAAGCAAUUUCGAAGAGGACAGAAAGCCUAUGAAUCAAACCAUGUGAAGAGUUUUGUGUGGGAUUCAUCCCACCUUGUAAUAAAAGGAACUGUCAGAGCCUCCAUGAAGGGUCAAAAUUACACAACCUCUGUGGUCUUAAAUGAAGACUACAGCAUUAAGGAAACAAACUGCAAUUGUGUCAGGGGCAUUGCCUGCCACCACAUAGCUGCCCUUCUAAUAUGUGGUCAUUACAAUAUAAGUGUAACUGACGUUGAAUGUUCUUGGAAAGCGAAAAGAACUGAAGAGCGAAAUGAUGGCUUGUCUUUUGAUCAAUUGUACCCUCCCAAGAAACCUUAUAGUGCUGUUCCAGAAUGUACAGAAGAAGAAUUGCAAGAAAUGAGUCGUACUAUAUGGCAGUGUGGCAGGGGUGGUGCUGGCAUUGCCUGGAUUUUGCAGCCUGAACCAGAACCUGAGAAUGGCACGGAUGAAGAUUCGCCUGAGUGUGUUACAAUUCCAUGCAUAAUGUCUAUUUUGAGGUCUGUUGAGUUUAAUGAGGCUCGUGAUAAAUUCAAGUACCUUCUUUCUGCUGCCAAGAUGUCCCCUUCUGCAAUCUGCCAGAUUGCAUCAGCUACUGUGGGCCAAAUGACGAAUCCUCUUUGGACUGAAGGAAGAAUGUACCGAUUCAAUGGGAGUAAGAUUGGAGACGUCAUACAUGCCGCAGUCAAGAACAGGAAAUUGUGUGAGUCUUUAUUGAAGAGUCUCUUUGAAAGAGUGAAGGUAAAGUCUACAGUUGUGAAAAAUGUGAAAGGAGGAAAAUACAAAGAGCCUGGUUUAAAUGCUGCCCAGUGGGGUUCAGAUCAUGAAUGUGAUGCAAAGAAGAAAUUUUCUGAAACAACUGGUUUGACUGUGGUGGAGACUGGGCUUUGGAUUCAUGAAAGUGGACUGUGGGCCUGUAGCCCUGAUGGGCUUGUUGGUACAAACGCUGUAGUGGAAAUAAAGUGCCCGUUUCAGUUUAGAAAUGCCAGAAGCCUCAAAGAGUGUAUAAAGAAUGAAAAAGAUUUUUUUGAUACUGCAGUUUCUAAGAGGUAUGCUAUUUAUUAUGAUGAAGAUUUGGACAAAUUUGUUUUGUGGGACGAUCACAAUUAUUAUCACCAGAUACAGGGUGAGUUGUGGUGUUCCUUUCGUGAUAUUUGUUACUUUGUUGUGUGGAUCCCAGAAGAUAUAGCAAUUGUUGAGGUAGAGAGAAGUGAUGAGUGGUAUGAUAAUAAUGUGCCUAGGUUGCUGAAGAAGUAUGAGAAGGAUUUCUUUCCCCGUUUAAUGAAGCAUCGAGAAGAGUGA